CUCGGUGUCCAGGGGCUGCAGGUUGCAUGAGGCCUGCGAGACUCAUGAAGGUGUUCGUCACCCGCAGGAUCCCCCCGGAGGGCAGGGCCGCGCUCUCUGGGGCGGCAGAUUGUGAAGUGGAGCAGUGGGACUCGGACGAGCCCAUCCCCCGCAAGGAGCUCGAGCGGGGUGUGGCUGGUGCCCACGGCCUGCUGUGCCUUCUCUCCGAUCACGUGGACAAGAAGCUCCUGGACUUGGCAGGAGCCGAUCUCAAAGUCAUCAGCACGCUGUCCGUGGGCGUGGACCAUUUGGCUCUAGACGAAAUCAAGAAGCGUGGGAUCCGAGUGGGCUACACCCCUGAUGUCCUGACGGAUGCCACUGCUGAACUCGCCGUCUCCCUGCUGCUCUCUGCCUGCCGCAGGUUGCCGGAGGCCAUCGAAGAAGUGAAGAACGGCGGCUGGACUUCCUGGAAGCCCCUGUGGCUGUGUGGUCAUGGCCUCACCCAGAGCACUGUGGGUGUCAUCGGGCUGGGCCGCAUAGGUCAGGCGAUUGCUCGCCGUCUGAAACCAUUUGGUGUCCAGAGAUUUCUAUACACUGGACGGCAUCCCCGGCCUCAGGAAGCAGAGGAAUUCCAGGCUGAGUUUGUGUCUGUCCCCGAGCUGGCCGCCAUGUCUGAUUUCAUCGUGGUCGCCUGCUCCCUAACACCUGCAACCAAGGAGCUUUGCAACAAGGACUUCUUCCGGAAGACGAAGAAAACGGCUGUGUUUGUCAACAUCAGCAGGGGCGAUGUGGUCAACCAGGAUGACCUGUACCAGGCCUUGGCCAGUGGUCAGAUUGCAGCUGCUGGCCUUGAUGUGACCACCCCGGAACCACUGCCUACAAACCACCCUCUCCUGACCCUGAAGAACUGCGUGAUCCUGCCCCACAUUGGCAGUGCCACCUACAGAACCCGCAACACUAUGUCCUUGCUGGCAGCUAACAACUUGCUGGCUGGCUUGAGAGGGGAGCCGAUGCCCAGCGAGCUCAAACUCUAACCAACCAGACCGGAGUGUCAGAAGACCGUGGUGCCCGGUAUCCUGUCAGAUGUCCCAGGCUCAAUCUGGACCCACAGGAUGGGGCAUCUGAUCUGUCCUAAUUCUGUAGAGGGAAGACGGUGCUAAUGGACGCACUGGCCACUUUUGUGGUUGGAAAACAGUGUAGCAAAAAGUGUCAACUCUCUUAUUAAAUCAUUCUGGAACUGGGACACUAA